CGGAAGCUUUACUAGUGAGUUGGGCACUAGUGGAAUAAGUUCAUUCAGCCAUCACUCGUAAUUUUAUCAUAAUAAGACCGUAUUCUCCCCUUUUCAUCAGAGUUGCCGUCAUAUGAAAUCAAAUGGCGUCAUCCUCUACCCUUUGUCAACAGAACCAAAACAGACCCCAACAAGGUUUUUCUGGAAUCUUGAAAGCACACAAUGAACAGUCAAAGGCUCCAGGCACUGUAAAGCUCUCCAAACCCAACACUGUCCACCAUGGCACCAAACGAGGGCUUGAGAAUCAGGAUCCCUCUCCACCAGAGAGGAGUAAAAACACAGUCAAAUUGAAAGGGGUGAGCAGACUUCCUGUUCUGGCCAAAUCCCUUCAACAGCCAGCCGCUACUGACCCCACUCAAAUUAAAUGGGAAGAGAGACCUCUAUUGGGUAAAGAGAGGAGGAAGAAGGCAUCCACCAAGCCCCAGCCAUUCAACCUGUCACAGCCCAGAGCCAGUAGGUUUGGGACACAGAGGCAAGAACAGGCCCCUGUAGGAACCACUGGCAAGGCCAGGACGCUUCCACCCUCUCAUCCAACCCAGACCCGUCCUGCAAAGACACAGAGCAAUCUCCAUCCCAAACCAAAGACUUGUGUCUCUGUACCCAGUAGAACUAAGCCGGCAGGUCCAGGCACUUUCGGCGGUACUUCCACGGACACUGGGAGUCUCCUAGCAAAGACUGCCACACUGAAUGGAAGAACCUUUGACCAGUGCCACAAUGUUCCCUCAAGGCUGGAACAUGGGGAUUCAGAGAACCAGACUUCGGACUCACAUUCCACUUUAGUUUGUCCCGCUCCAGAAAGUAAUGCUACGGAUAAAACGGCAACCCAGUUAGAUAUCUUAAAAGACAUUAGUAAACAUCUCGGCGGGAUUUCGCUCACAUCUUCCAAGAAUGCGGCCAAUGCUAAGGAUGAAUGCCUGUCUGAAGCCAGAGACCGUAAACCCCCAUUCAGAACUCCCCACAGCUAUGCUGCUCCUCAAAGGGUGAAAAUAAAGAGCCAGACAGCACGGUGUACCCCGGGUGUCUGCAAACCUGACAACACAACAGAGGGGUUCUGCCCUGACCCCUCUGCCCUCCGGAGCAUCCUGCAGUCUGAGGGUGUGAUGGCCGCCGGGCUUCAGGGUACUGCCCCCCGCCCCUCUGGACGAGGCACCUCUGUCUAUCUGCCCCAGAGAGUGUCAGUGUUGAAGAGUGCCCAACGACUAAAAGCUGAAGCCAACACAGGAAAGCCACAGGCCUUCUCCCCCGACCCAGCAGCCCUGGGCAGCAUUCUGCGGAAUGAAGGCAUCCAGCCCGGGGGUCCUUUAGGGGGAGCCACAGCCCGAGCCUCAGCCUGUCCGUCAGGCAGGGGGACCUCUGUCUACACAGCUCAGAGAGUGCCCAUCGCAAAGUCUCGAACUAAAGACGUUUCUGCAGCCCAGGGGAAUGCGGUGACCUUCUCCCCCGACCCCACCGCCCUUGGCAGCAUUCUGCAGAACGAAGGCGUCCAGGCAGGGGGCGCUACACCCCAUGCCUCUGGCAGGGGCACCUCCGUCUACACAGCUCAGAGGGUUCCUGUGACAAAAUCUCGAACGGAACUUCUCGCAGCAUCACUGGGCCCAGGCAGAGCCAGCCCCCUCACCCCCACAGUCAAAUGGACUCCACUCAGAGUCCCCAACACCAAGCCACAGUCUAUGAAAAGGCUCCUGUCUGCUUACCGCACCCCUAAGUUCAGUGGUUCCCCAGGCAUCAGAGUUGUCCAGCCCUCCAGCUCUGAGCUGCCAUCAACCAAUGAGGAUGGUGUUGUUCAAAGGCUAUUUGAGGAGCAGGAAGAGGAGGAGAAGAUGGAGGACAGUGAGGAGCAGCACGCUCUCCUGCAAACGGGUGAAAAUCCAGAAGAGGCCUCUCCCCCCGUGACUCUAGAGGCAGCGCUGCCUCUCCCCCUGCAGGCCCCCCCCCCCACUAAGAUGAAGGCCAGCCACGUGCCUUUCCUCCAGGCCCCGAACAGGGACUCGGUCAUCGUGCUGUGCUCCGGGCAGAGGCUCUUUGGGCAGACACCGGCGCGAGGGACCGCCCCGCUCACCGACGAGACACAGGCCCUGUCCAGCGCCACCCAGGAGCCCCACGGCCCCAGCAGCCUGCCCGUUAGCACACUACCCGGGGCUCUCCACCAGCCCUCAGGUUCAAAGGUCACGGCUAGCUCGGACAACACCAUUCCCGCUAAGGCCAAUCAACUCUGUCAGAAGAGAGCGUUGGAGCUGCGCAGAAGGCUGCCCCUCCUGGAGGAGCUGUUUCUGGACGAGGAGUGUGCCACCUACAUGUCCCAGCCUCAGCACUGCGCAGCGUUCCCCCGCUGCUCCAACCCUGUGGCCAGCACACUACUCUACCGGGACUCCACAUGUUUCAUGCCGAUUGACCUUGCCUCUCCCAGCCCAACCUCUUGCUCCGUGUGAUCGGGAGCUCUCCUGUAUUAUCAUCCUUCCCUAAAGAUGAAAACAUGACUACACCGCUCAGUGUUAGCCUUGGUUAAGUCAGCAGAUGAUUCUCAGGUGUGCUUUCUCGAUUAUGGGGUGUGUGUGUGUAUGAACCCUACCACCCUCCCAAAUUAAAUUAUGUGACAAAUCUUCACUUUUUUAUAAUGUCUACUACAAGCAAGGAUUAGGUCGCUCAAAGUGCACAUUCCCUCAUGGUUGGAUAUAUGCACACCCAUGAACCACUGUAUGUGCCUAUAUCUCUUAAGCCACAGGAGGAAUCAAAACCUUGCCUAAAAAUGAUGAAGCUGUGCACAAGUAGGUCCAUGAUUUUCUAUGUUCCGUGUGUUCUUUGUUCGCCCGAGUUAUAGUCUUGAUCACUGUUCAGAAUAACUUCCUUCUAAAAAUGGAGGUGUUUCGUGUGGACCAAGAAUCAAUCUUUGUUUGUUUCUGUCUCUAAACCCAACACUAAUAUGACAACUGAUGUGUAAACUGAUCACAGUUUGAAGCUCAGGUCCUUGUUACUGUCUUGCCCUUGUUUGAAUUCCCUUGUACAAAAUUCACAUAGCUGUUGUUGCCAUACAUCAUAAUAUGUUAUAUCAGUUCCGUCACCCUAAAUAGCUACUUAUCUAGUAAGUAUUUUAAUGCUGCCUGUUUACAAGUGUGUGCCUGUGUGUGCCUGUGUGUGUGUGUGUGUGUGUGUGUGCGUGUGUGUGCGCCUGUGUGUGCCUGUGUGUGUGUGUGUGUGUGUGUGUGUGCCUGUGUGUGUGUGU